CGCCGAUCGAAAUUUAGCACAAUAUUAAGUAAAUUCAGUUUAUUUUCAGCUAUAUUCACGGAAAAAAUAUUGGAUUUAAAGGAACUAAAAAUGGGGAAAAAAUCGGCAUCUGCAAAUAAAAGCAAGGAGAAGCGGCAAGCACGUAAGUUGGAACAACGCCGUAUAGCCGAUGGCAUGAACUAUGUGACUUCUGCCAACAAACUGACGGACAUAUCUGGUCUUUGCAAGGAGCUACUCGUGUACAGCAAUAACGAAUUGGAAGUCAGUAUGUACAUACAGAGGGUAACCGACCUGAAGAAAAAUGUUCUGGAGUGGGCGAUUGAUCUUACUGAGAGAAAUAUGAAGAAAUUAUAUGAAACAUGUGCAUGGGGCUGGAACCGUGAGCGCAAGGUAGAAGAAAUGAUGGAUGACAAUGCGUGGUAUCUCAUUGCGAAAGAGAAAACUGGUACUUUACUGGCCUUUUCACACUUCCGCUUUGACAUGGACUUUGGACACCCUGUGUUAUAUUGUUACGAAGUACAAGUGGAGGCAGAGGGCCGACGGCGCGGAUUAGGGCAUCAAGUGCUACGCGUGCUGGAGAAGCUUGCGCACGCCACACGGAUGCGCUACGUGCGCCUUACUGCACUGACGCAUAACCCCGCCGCGGCUGCUUUUUUCAGAGCUUGUGGGUACACAUUAGACGAAACAAGCCCACCGAAAGAAGAGGCGGCUCACUACGAAAUCCUAAGCAAAUUGACGCACGAAGAGGAACAAGGGCAGUCUGAGUGCCAACUAAGCGACUGUAUGAAAGCGGUACAAGUAGCUAACACGACGUAGUGAUUAUAUGAUUGUUAAAAUGUAGUGUACGUGUUGUAUUGGUGUAAAUGGACUGCCGGUGUGUCAAUUUCCUUUAACACUCUCUGUUAAAGGCGACUUUAAUGUCCUGAAGAUGUACCCCUAAGUACCUGACUAAUAUAGAUAUAAGAACAAGAUCUUAUUCUUAACUAACGUAGUUGGCAUCUUCAUUUAAAUACAGUACAAAAUAACCUUAAAACAUGGCGGCUGUAACAGGAAUGUUGAGUAUUCUGAAAUAUUAUUUGAUUUUAAAAUCGGGACUUAGUCGUGUUUUUUACCUGAAUGUUUCGGACAUGUUGCAACGUCCAUGGUCUCGAAGGGAUUUUCAAAAUAUGGGAAAAUCGUGAAAGUUUAGAUCUUCUGAAAUAGAAAUAUAAUUCUUAUGAUUGAAAUAGGGUAUUUUUUCUACAUAAUCAUGAUGUACAGUCCCACAGUAGACUACAGAGCACAUCAAGCUUUGACAGUUUGAAACGUUCCUAUCGUAAGAAGCGGCGUAUAUUUAGUUGAAUUUACAUCUAAAGUUCUCCUUACCCUGUGCAAGCAUUUCGUCGGAUAAGUUUGAAAACCUAACUCCGCUUGUCAACGACCUUCCUUUUUUAGUCUUGCGCAAUAUCGGACAAUUACAGCUUAAAAUUUAAAUUCUAGAUCCUUAUUUCGUUAUAAUAAAAAAGUAUAAUCAUAAAUUAUUAUAUGAUUAUUUCUAGUAACUCUGUUUUUGUGCCUAUUCAUAAAUUCACAUAUGAACGAGGUUUACGUAUUUAGCCGACGAUUUGUAAGCAAGUAAUUAAUAUUAGCUAGCUUUGGAAUAUUUUUGUUAUACAACUGACAUCUCAAAUUGACGGAUCUUGUUCUGUUGCUUUGGAGACGAUAUUCGCACAAAAGUAUAUAGCUUGAUAUGCUGUUGGCUGUACAUUUGAACAUCUAUUGUCUCGAAGACAUGUUAAGUCUCCAAACCUAGGAAAAAAUUGCCGACCUAUGUAGGUCGUAAUAUGUUUUACAAUUUGACAACAUUAUUCCUUUUUUAUCGUGACGCUGGCGGAAUCAUCGAUAGUAUCGAUGGGGUUAUAACAAACACUUUAAAAACAGACGAACAACACAGGAUGUUGCUAAUUAAUGUGACUCUUAAUGGUAUUGCAUUACAAUAAAACGCCAAAUAACAAUUACUAGAGGCGCGGCUUUAACGAUAGCGCAUGAACUUGUGUUCGCAGCAUCCCUCCCCGCUUCAUCUCCUUGCCCCUUGUCCUUUGCGUACCUUCACCGCGGCGCGCGUGCGAACUCUUAUAAGUUUUAUGUAGUAGGUACAAUGCAGCGUGUGGCAUCGCUCUAACUUGGUUGAUGUGUAAUAUUGGUAUAGAAAAGAUAUUGUUUUCUUAUUUUUUCUUGGCGAGCUUGAUUCAUAAAAUCAUUCAUUUUCGUUAUUACGAAGAAGCGCAGAAAUAAUUUAUUGUACACCUGUGAACUAUGUAACACAACUCAAGUUAUUAAAAAGUAAUAAAAUAAAAUAUGGUCCGAAAUAGACAGAGGCAUUUAUUUAAUUCCACUCUAAUUAAUUAUAGUUCUAGAGAUGUAUGUACAUACGGCAGCACAUCUAGCUACUCGAACUAGAUAUUCGAACAACAGUGUAUGGCUUGAUGUGCUGUACCUCUUAAAUAUUUUACAUGAUUAGAAUACGUACAAGUAAGUAGUAGUAUAAUAACAAUAGGAUAGCCUGCAUUAGUAGGACAAUUUUUAAAUAUAAUACACCCCACAU